AUCUUCUCAUCGAGUCAUCGUUCUUGUUUCACACCCUAGUCUGGAGCAGAAACAUAUAUACCACAAUGAAUCACUCCAAUUCGUAUGAGACUCAUGAUGAGAGCACUGAGACAACAGGUACACUUGCUUCUCGUGUUGCUGAUCAGUUUGAAGAAUCGGCAGACACAAACACAGGUAACUCGUUUGUAAGUUAUAGUGGCAUGGAUAUUGAUGUGUUCAUAGCUGCACGAGAAGGUAAUAUAGAUUGCCUUAGAGAACACGGAGAGCAUCUUCACCAAAUGUUGACUCCAUCCAAGAACACAGUUCUCCAUAUUUAUAUAGCAUGCGUAGGCCGUGCAACAUUGGCGAAAUCUGAAACAGUGCGGAAGUCGAAGCCAGCCAAAAUCGUGGAGGAGAUCGUCCAGAUGUGCCCGCCGCUACUAUUGCAGCCCAAUGGUAACGGAGACACUCCAUUACACUUUUCGGCCAGACAUGGGCAUGCUGCAAUAGUGGAAGUUCUUAUACAGGCUUCGAAAUUAGCUUGUCAUCAUUCCAGCGACCUCGAGAGAGGUAUCUCGACAGAAGAGACGUGCUGGCAGAUGCUUAUAAGAACAACCAACAAGGAAAAGAACACUGCAUUGCACGAGGCUGUGCGCUUUAAUCACCUUGAUGUAGUGAGGAUGUUGACCACAGAGGACCCCGAUUUCUUCUACAGUGCAAAUGAUUCUGGCGAAACUCCGGUUUACAUGGCUACUGAGAGGGGAUAUCGUGCCCUGGUUAUUGAAAUGCUCAAAAACUGCACAAACCCAACUUAUCAAGGCCCCAAUGGUUACACCUCUUUGCACGCAGCAGCUAUCUCCAAUGAUGAACAGAUGACCAAAACACUUCUAGUGAACAACAAGGCUUUGACAAGAGCAGUAGACGAACUAGGAGAUACUCCACUUCACUUAGCCACAUGUUGGGGUCACGCUGCAAUUGUGAAACAACUGCUACAGUGUGAUAAAUCUGCUGCAUACAUUUGUGAUAACAGAAACAGGUCGCCAUUUCAUAAUGCGUGUUACCAGGGCAAUAUAUCUGUAGUGAAAGAGCUAGCUUCUCGUUGCCCUGAUUGUUGUGAAUUCGUUGAUAAUAAAGGUCGGAAUGGUCUUCACUAUGCCAUCGACGGAAAGAGUCAUCAAGUAGAAGCCUUUAUACGAAAUGAUCCAUGGCUUAGCAGUGUCCUUUUAAAUGGCAAAGAUGCUGAUGGGAACACACCUCUCCAUUAUAUUGCUACUUCUCUGUAUGAAGGCAUGGAUUUUAUAAGUGAACCCAGGGUUGAUAAGAUGACAUUUAACAAAAGAAAUUUAAACGCUUUGGACAUCCUUCAAAACAGUAAUGAAUUAAGCGAGAAGGUGGUGCUGCACUCAGAACUUACCCAGCAGUUGAUAAAAACUGGUGCAAGAGGACAUUGCCGUCUUCGAAUCCACCAAGAUGGUGAGAAGGAGUUCAUGGUAAAUGAAGUAAAAGAGGCCAAUCUGGUAGUGUCAACACUCAUAGCAACUGUAACUUUUGCAGCAGGUUUUGCCGUGCCUGGGGGUUACCAAAGUGAAAAAGGACCGGACCAGGGUUUUGCGGUACUAACAAGAAAUGCAGCAUUCAAAACAUUCGUGAUGGCCAAUACACUAGCCAUGUGUAUGUCCAGUUGUGCUGUUAUGAUCCGCAUUGUUCUGGCAAUCCGAAGAAAGGAUGAGGAGCAUGGUCCCUUGAUCCGAAGAAAGGAGGAGCAUGGUCCUCUUCUCACUGCAAUAAAUCUGACAUUUUACGCCUUGAUCGCAAUGGUGGUGGCAUUUCUUACCGGCACAUAUUCAGUUUUAGGUUAUUCACCAGAACUUGCUAUCGCUGCAUGUGUAACUGGUUGCUUUUUCUCCUUUGUAUUUGGUUUUUUCAUGCUUUCUCGCAAAAUGGAUAACCUCCGUAUACAUUAUUUCAAUGCGCAUGACACCGUCAUGAUCUGGUUACGCAUGUACAAAAUGUGA